UCGGAGAUUUUGAUAUACUGAGAGAAACCAAAAAACUGGAUUUGUCACUGUGCAGUUGUAGAAAUUAUAAAUAGAUAUCUCUAGCUCAUGGGAAAUUUGAGCAGGACAAAACUCUUGUUUUUCUGCCGGCAGAUCAUGUCAGAUAGCUAGCAUAUUCUAAAUAGCACAAUUAUUGUCGGCGUAGCUCCCUAGAGAAAAUUCUGCUUUAUACUGGAACCACAUUGUGUUUAACAAGCACAGAAAUGAAAAUGGCGAAGAGAUUUGAAGGGAAGGUGGUAAUUGUCUCAGCUUCAACACAAGGCAUUGGCUUUGGCAUAGCUGAGCGCCUUGGAUUGGAAGGUGCCUCCGUUGUCAUCUCCUCUCGUAAACAGAACAAUGUAGACGAGGCAGUGGAAAAGCUCAGGGCGCAAGGCGUUGAAGUACUGGGACUGGUGUGUCAUGUAUCAAAUGCUCAGCAAAGAAAGAAUCUCAUCGACACAACAGUUCAGAAAUACGGAAAAAUAGAUGUGGUGGUUUCCAACGCGGCUACAAGUCCAUCUUUUCGCAGCAUAUUGGACAGUGAAGAAUCGCUGCUUGAUAAGCUUUGGGAAAUUAACGUCAAAAGUGGUAUACUACUCAUAAAGGAUGCAGCUCCGUUCUUGAGUAAAGGCUCGUCUGUUAUUUUUAUUUCCUCAGUUGGUGCGUAUAGUCCAGGUUCUUUGAAGGGAAUGUAUGCAGUUACAAAAACAACUCUUCUCGGGCUUACCAAGGCCCUGGCAUCCGAGAUGGCCCCUGAUACUCGGGUAAACUGUGUUGCACCUGGUUUUGUUCCCACACGUAUGAACGACUACAUCUCAAGAAAUGAACUGCUUUUAAAGGCCAUCGAGGAGAAAAUUUUACUAGAAGGAUUUGGAAGAACACAAGACAUGGCCUCUGCCGCUGCAUUUUUGGCUUCAGAUGAUGCUUCUUACAUCACAGGAGAAACAUUGGUGGUUGCUGGUGGAAUACCUUCCAGGCUCUAAAUUUAGUCUGUCACUUGCUCAUCAGAUCAGAUAACUGAUAUCAUCUCGUAAUAUAAUACUCCCUCCGUCCCGAAAUAAAUGUCACUUUCGACUAGUUCUCAUGAUCUCUAUAUUAUCUGAAGUGCAAUGGCGAAUGAGUGUUCAUCA